AUGACUGUGCCGAUUCCAAAACGACAAAAUUUACAAAGGUCCUUCCAUGUCGGAGGCUCUGUUGCUGUAAUCACUGUGGGUCUUCCUGCGCGUGGUAAAACCCAUGUAUCUCGAUCCCUGUGCCGUUAUAUCCGCUGGUUAGGUGUUCCUACACGUGUAUUCAGCGUGGGAAACUAUCGCCGUGAACGUCUUGGGUACCUUCCAAAUGAUUGGUUUAAUGAGAGCAACGCAGAGGCAGUAGCUGUUCGUGAUGAAAUUAGUCAAGAGUGCUUGCAAGAUGCAAUUGACUGGCUCCGUAACCGCGGUCAGAUGGCUAUCUAUGAUGGUAACAAUGUUACGGACGAGAGACGCAAAGCUAUCUAUGAUGAGCUAGUGGAGAACGGUAUUCAGCCACUUUUUAUUGAGUUUAUCUGUACGAAACCAGAGGUGGUUAACGGAAAUAUCCGGAGUGUAAAGAUCUCGUCGCCAGAUUACGUAGGAUGGGAUCCAGAAGAGGCCGUAAAGGAUUACAAGGAACGUAUCAAACGCCAUGAAGCUCUUUAUCAAACAAUGACCGACACUAGUCUUCCGUUUGUCAAACUUAUGAACGUGGGAGAGAAGAUUAUUGUGAACAAUGUCUCUGGAUAUCUCCAGUCACGAAUCUUACACUACCUUACCAACCUGCACAUCACGCCCCGGACCAUUUAUUUUGCACGGACAGGAACCGCAAGGGAUGAAUCAUCUUACAAGAUUGACGCAGAGUUGUCUCCUGAUGGGUUCAUGUAUGCUCGUCAGUUAAAGGACUUCUUGACAUCUUACCGUCAACAGCGUUAUGGAGCUGAAAACAAGCAGAGAAAAUUGACAGUCUGGACAUCAACUCGUAAGAAGGCUCGUCAAACAGUGCAGCCUUUUGUCGAAGCAGGCUACACCGUAAGACAGCACUCGGCGCUCAUGCAAUUAAAUCCCGGAGAACUCAAUGGGAUGUCGCCAGAAGAAAUAAAGGCAAAGUUCCCUGAAGAGGCUGCUCUUGCUGCCGAGAAUCCAUAUCGCCAUCGUUAUCCACGCGCAGAGUCCUAUCAUGACCUGGCCUCUCGUCUUGAAUCUGUUAUUAUGGAAUUGGAGCGUGAAAAGAAUGAUGUAUUGAUCAUUGCACAUGAGACUGUAUUAAGAUGUCUUUAUGCCUACGUCUUUGACCGUCCAGACAGGGAAAUCCCAUCUCUCUCUAUCCCUCGUGCUUGUUUGAUCGAGAUUACUCCAUCUGCUUAUGGCUGUAAAGAAGCUCGUAUGGAGAUUGAUGGUGCUAUGCCCACACCAACAAAAUCGGCCAACUGGAUCCAGCCAAAGACGAAAAGACGUUGA